GACAAUGACGGACGAAGAAGAAUAGAUAGAGAAAGCGACCGACACAACAGCAAAAUGUAUUAAGAGAUCUGCACAGACACACGUGCAAGUACGUAGUGCACACCCGCGGUGUUAGGAAGUGUGCAUCAGUCGCGUGUAGGUACACAUCGUACCACGCCAGUAGGCGGAGAGCGAGACGGAGCGCUACGGUCGCGACAAUCGCGCACAGUAGUACAGUAGUCCAAGUAGACGUCGGAGUCAAGACCAGCAGCAGCGCUAGCAGUCAGUGUGCGGCACGCUGCACGCGAGAAUAGCCGUGAAUUAGUUAUCUUUUUCUUGCGGAAAAAGAUUAAACUUAAUAUAUAAUAUAAUCAGGAAGCCCUCACACGAAAUCGAAGUAACAAACGGUGGUGUUCCGCCAUCGACAACACAGAGACAGAGUUAUAGUGACAGAGGUGGUGUACAGCGUUGAUUGGUGCUGUGCUGCUCGUAAUCGUAUCCUCAGGCUCUUUCGGUCUUCUUGUUCCGUCUAUCUGUCUUGGCCCAUGUGCACCGGCGCAGUCUAAAAAAUGCUUAUCAAGGAAUUCCGUGUUACCCUGCCCCUCACUGUCGAAGAGUAUCAAGUAGCUCAAUUGUACUCUGUAGCAGAAGCCAGUAAAAAUAAUACUGGUGGAGGUGAAGGAAUAGAAGUUUUAAAAAAUGAACCUUUCGUAGAUUAUCCACUACUUGGUGGAAGGUACUCUUCUGGCCAGUAUACAUAUAAGAUUUACCAUUUAGCAAGCAAAGUGCCUGCUUUUAUUCGUAUGAUGCUACCAAAGAAUUCUCUGGAAAUUCAUGAGGAAGCAUGGAAUGCCUAUCCUUACUGCAAAACUGUUAUAAGUAAUCCUGGUUACAUGAAAGAAAAUUUUUUUAUAAUCAUAGAGUCCUAUCAUAUUGCUGAUAUUGGAGACCAGGAAAAUGUACAUGAAUUACCUGCAGACAAAUUAAAAAUCAGGGAAGUUGUGCACAUAGAUAUAGCAAAUGAUUCAAUUUCAAAUGCAGAUUAUAAAGAAGAUGAAGAUCCAACAAAGUUCAAGUCUGAAAAAACUGGUCGAGGUCCGCUGGUCGGCAAAGACUGGAAGCAAAAUGUAAACCCUGUGAUGACUUGCUAUAAACUUGUUACCUGUGAGUUCAAAUGGUUCGGCCUGCAAACGCGCGUAGAGAGUUUUAUUCAAAAAGCUGAGAGGCGUCUUUUCACGAACUUUCAUCGGCAAGUUUUUUGCUGGAUGGACCGCUGGCAUGGCCUGACUAUGGAAGACAUUCGAGCAAUCGAAGAUACUACAAAAGAGGAGUUAGAUAGGCAAAGACACAAAGGUGAAGUACGAGGAAUGCGGGCCGAUGAUUGAGGCUUUAAAGAGUUCAGUGUAAAAAGGAUAAAUGAAUUUUCCUUCAACGUUAUACAAACGCCAGACUUACACUUAAAUACACCAUGCAUACACUCAAAGCCAUAAACGGUCCUGCCGGAUCGGGGCAAUUUCCAGAGUUUAUCUGUCUAGAUUCAGUGUCUAAUCUAAUUACUUGCAAUUUUAAUUUAUUUACAUUACAAAAAUUUUAGAUGAAUGUAUCUACAGUCAAAGAGUAAUGUUAUUGUAUUAUUGUCACUAUUAUUGAUUAAAAAACAAAGUCAAGAUACUGAAAUAGACAUUUGAGACAAAUUGUAUGUUCUUUUGAUGAUGAAACAUAGCAUAAAAGAAACAAAAAUGUAAUGAUAGAAAGAGGGUAAGAGUAAAAAAAAUGCAGUUCAGUUGUUUUAAUUAUAAUUGAGAAUAAUUAAUCGAUAGAGGAAGGAAGAAAGAUAGUCAAUGAUAAUAGCUAAUAACAAUUCUUAACAAGCAAAUAAACGUGCUUGCUGCAAACGCAUAAGUGAUCAUGGAUGAAUGGCUGUAUUAAGAGCUCAUUGCGGUCUAAUAUUAUAAAUAUAAAGAAGCUGCUAUUGUGAAUUCUGAAAGUGCUCGUGUGUGAUAUGCAACAAAGUUACAAACUCAUGGUAAUACGCAAGGAACAGAAAAUAACAAUAUGAACAGAUCUUUGAAAGCACUUAAUUUAUUAAAGAAUCUUGCGCCAGGUCUUUUGCUCAUUAUUUUUUUUUAAUGAAAAAAAAUAUCUUUUAUGGGCGACAAGGUAGUUAAUAAUAUUUGAAGCAGAGUCUUGGGUCAAUCAAGUAAUUAAUGCAUAUAAUAAGUGAUUCACUCAUAUUACGCUUUUCCACUCCUUUUUGUGGAUGUUGCAGUGGUUUUGUCCAGAGGACAACUUUUUCUUUCAAUGAAGCGUUAACCUUUUAGUAAAGAAGAAUUUCGAGCCUCAGUAUUUGAGCAACACUGAACUUCUACUUUUCGUGGAAAUACAGUAAUUAAUUGCUCUUUGUAAUAAAGUGAAUAAAUAUAAAAUAAUUGGUAUAUUCUAGGCAUAUAUGUAGACAUGACUGUAGGCUAUCUUAAUUUCAACGAAAUUUUGGGCGUUAAUGACUUAGGAUGUGUUAAUUGUAAAUAAAACAGGCAUACAAUGAAAUUCUGAUUUCUUUUUGCAUGAAGAUAUUUUGUUAGACAAUUUAUUUAAAGAAGAGAGUGUUGAUAGUAAGCUAUGUAUAAUGCAAUUUUUACCUUUAUUUAUGUGCUCUGACACCAUUACUUUAUAUUAUUUUUUCCUUUAAUAAUUAUGCGUUAUAUACUGCCCGUAAACCUCAGGAAAAAAUCGUUCAUACUUAUUGUAUAAUAUUAAUUAUAAUGCAUGGUAAUACUUACAGCUAAUAAUGCAUCUCAAUAAAUUCUUUAGAUUUUUUUCUGAGGAAAAAUAACUGAUACAUUAAUAACUUAAAUCAACUCGAUAUAGUUUAAUGUCAUCUGCACAAAUAGAUGUAUAGAAUAUGUUCUGGCUCCGAAGUGUAGCAAAGAAUUUGCAGUAGCUACUUUUUGAUCAAUACAAAGCUUCUAUAUUAUUAAAUGUCAAAUUUUCAAAAGUGUUCCAUCUAAAAUAACAAUGGUUCCUGGAUGUAUACAUAUGCUUGCAUGCACGUUUUAAUUGAAUUUCAUUGUAUGUAUUUUAAAAGAGAAAGUCAUCUAUCUAACAUCCUAAUGAAUGCUAUUUGAUCUAGUUAAUAAAAUUAGUUGUUCCUCGUAUUAUGCAGGGCCGAAAACUCUGUAGUGCUGCCAAAGGGCUGAUAGUGAAGACAUUUCCACACACGCAAAUAUAUGUAUAUAUGUAUGUAUAUAUAUACAUAUAUAGGUGUGUGCAUGUUUAUGCAAUUCUGAAUGAACGUAUGUACAUAUA